AUCGCUUUGAGAUCAACCUUCCCCAACAUCUCUCCUCGACGCUCCAGCCAUCUCUCUGUUAGUGUCAUUUUCCUUUUUUCUUUUCACAGUUUCGGUUGUUCUGAAAGAUAUGGCGUCGCUUUGCAUGAUUUUAUCGAUUCUCAUGUGCUCAUCUACUACCUUUUGCUCGUGGAUCAUUUGUCAACCGCGAUGUUAUCUCUGUCAAUGUCAUGCGCAUCCGGAAGAGUUUGGUCCCUCAUCCGUUUACCCAUUUUCCAGCCGAUGUUAGUUUCUUGCAAUUUCUUUGCAUCAAAGUCUCGAAUAGAUCAGCUAGAGAUUUCAAAGAUUAAAGAACUGGAGCGAGAGGAACUGGAGCGAGAGAUUGAAGAGUUUAGAGAACUGGAGCGAGAGAUUGAAGAGUUUAAAGAAAAAAUUGACUAUCCCAAAGUUAAACACUUCCACAAUGUUCAAAACUUUCCUAAAUAUGAGUACUUUCCACCCCCCUUUCCUAAUGUAUACUUCCCAUGCUACUUAACCGAAGUUGAAUACUUUCCCACAGCUAAACCCAAAGUUGAAGUUGGCUUUCCCCUCCUAUCAAAUUUGGAAAAUGGAUGUACUAGUCAACUUGAAAAAGUGGAAGACCAACCAGUUUGAUUUGCUGGACAGAAGAUCCGAACUGAAGAUGAACUGAGUAUUAGAUUUGAUCGAGAAAUGUGAUUUUGUUUUGUACUGCUUUAAUAACUUAUGGCGGCCGUAGAUAAGUAAUUUGUAAUGGUACAGUUUGAGUAGGGU